GGCCCCGCCCCCACUAAGGCCGGCCCCCGAACGGGUCGCGGCGUGCGCGCGCGCAGGCGCGGGGUAGAGCGGCCGCGCGCUCCCGGCGGGCUUGCUCUUCUGCACCCUGCGAUGCCCCGCAGGAAGUCCGCGUCGGGCGGCCUUUCUGCCGCCGCCCAAGCCCCGGGGAGGCAAGCGGUUCUGAGCCGGUUCUUCCAGUCUGCCGGAAGCCUGAGAUCCACCGCGUCCCCCACGGAGCCCGCGGAGAAGGUAGAGGGCGGCUCCUCAGCGCCCCCAGCGUCCACUGUGCCGCCUCGGCGGAGGCCGCCGCGGCGGGGUUCUGUCCUCGACGGGGCGGAGAAGAGGUCAUCGGGGAAUGAUGGGCCCAUUAAGAAGAGAGCAAAGAAAGUUCCAGAGAAGGAAGAAGAAAAUACCCCAGUAACAUCUGGCAACCCUGAGCCAAAGAAAUGUCUGAGGCCCAGGAUUGUUUUAAAGUCUCUGGAAAAGCUGAAAGAAUUCUGCUGUGAUUCUGCUCCCCCUCAAAACAGAGUCCAGACAGAGCCUCUUCGGGAGAAAUUUGCAGUUCUGCCAAAAUGUACUGAUUUUGAAGACAUCACUCUGCAACGUGCGAAGAAUGCAGUUUCUUCUGAGGAGUCCAAAUCUCAGGCUAAUCAGAAAGACAGUCAAUUUGGACCAUGCCCUGAAAAUUUCCGGAAGCCUUCUGACUGUAAUUCUUUGAACAAGCGAUCCAAAAGCAUCUAUACACCGUUAGAACUGCAGUACAUGGAUAUGAAACAGCAGUAUAAGGAUGCAGUUCUGUGUGUGGAAUGUGGGUACAAGUACAGAUUCUUUGGGGAGGAUGCAGAGAUUGCUGCCCGGGAACUCAAUAUUUAUUGCCACUUGGACCACAACUUCAUGACGGCAAGCAUACCCACUCACAGACUGUUCGUGCAUGUCCGUCGACUUGUGGCCAAAGGAUACAAGGUUGGAGUUGUGAAACAAACAGAAACCGCCGCCUUAAAGGCCAUCGGAGACAAUAAGAGUUCGGUCUUCUCCCGGAAGCUGACUGCUCUCUAUACGAAGUCCACACUCAUCGGAGAAGAUGUGAAUCCUCUAAUCAGGCUGGAUGAUUCUAUAAAUAUCGAUGAGGUAACAACAGAUACUUCUACCAACUAUCUUCUAUGUAUCUACGAAGAGAAGGAAAAUACUAAGGACAAAAAGAAGGGGAAUGUUUCCAUUGGUCUCGUGGGAGUGCAGCCGGCCACGGGCGAGGUCCUGUUCGACUGCUUCCAGGACUCAGCCUCCAGACUGGAGCUGGAGACUCGCUUGUCAAGCCUGCAGCCCGUGGAACUGCUGCUCCCCUCCCAGCUGUCGGAGCAGACGGAGAUGCUCAUCCACAGGGCCGCUGCUGUCAGUACGCGGGAUGACAGAAUUCGAGUAGAAAGGAUGGAUAACACUUAUUUUGAAUACAGCCAUGCUUUCCAGGCAGUUACCGAGUUUUAUGCCAAAGAGGUGGUUGACAGCAGGGGCUCUCAGAGUUUCUCUGGUGUCAUUAACUUGGAGAAGCCUGUAAUCUGCUCCUUGGCUGCCAUAAUAAGAUAUCUCAAGGAAUUUAACCUGGAAAAGAUGCUGUCCAAACCAGAGCAUUUUAAACAGCUGUCAAGUGGAAUGGAAUUCAUGAGAAUUAAUGGAACAACGUUGAGGAAUCUGGAAAUCCUGCAGAAUCAGACUGAUAUGAAGACCAAAGGAAGUCUGCUCUGGGUUUUAGACCACACUAAGACCUCAUUUGGGAGGAGGAAGUUAAAGAAGUGGGUGACCCAGCCAUUGCUUAAAUUAAGGGACAUAAAUGGUCGACUUGAUGCCAUAGCUGAUGUUCUCCAUUCAGAAUCCAGUGUGUUUGAGCAGAUAGAAAACCAUCUGCGGAAAUUACCCGACGUCGAGAGAGGACUUGGUAGCAUCUAUCACAAGAAAUGUUCUACGCAAGAGUUCUUCUUGAUUGUCAAAAGCCUGAGUCACCUGAAGUCAGAGCUUCAAGCAUUAAUGCCUGCUGUUAAUUCCCACGUACAGUCAGACUUACUCCGAACACUCAUCUUAGAAAUUCCUGAGCUCCUCAGUCCAGUGGAACAUUAUUUAAAGAUACUGAAUGAACAAGCUGCCAAAGUUGGCGAUAAAACUGAAUUAUUCAAAGACCUGUCUGACUUCCCUUUAAUAAAAAAGAGGAAAGAUGAAAUUCAAGAAGUUAUUCAGAGUAUCCAAAUGCAUUUACAAGAAUUACGAAAAAUACUAAAACUUCCUUCUUUACAAUAUGUGACUGUAUCAGGACAAGAGUUUAUGAUUGAAAUGAAGAACUCGGCUGUAUCUUGCAUCCCAGCUGACUGGGUGAAGGUUGGAAGCACAAAAGCUGUGAGCCGUUUCCACCCUCCUUUUAUUGUAGAAAACUACAGACGUCUGAACCAGCUCCGGGAGCAGCUAGUCCUUGACUGCAGCGCUGAAUGGCUUGAUUUUCUAGAGAAUUUUGGUGAACAUUACCACACUUUGUGUAAGGCCGUGAAUCACCUAGCAACUGUUGACUGCAUUUUCUCUCUGGCCAAGGUCGCUAAGCAAGGCAAUUACUGCAGGCCAACUCUACAAGAAGAAAAGAAAAUCAUCAUUAAAAAUGGAAGGCAUCCUAUGAUUGAUGUGUUGCUGGGCGAGCAGGAUCAGUUUGUGCCCAACAGUACGAGUUUAUCGCAGGACUCUGAGAGAGUAAUGAUAAUCACUGGACCAAACAUGGGCGGGAAGAGCUCCUACAUAAAACAGGUCGCUCUGGUGGCUAUCAUGGCUCAGAUCGGUUCCUACGUUCCUGCAGAAGAGGCAACAAUUGGGAUUGUGGACGCCAUUUUCACACGGAUGGGUGCUGCAGACAAUAUAUACCAAGGUCGGAGUACUUUCAUGGAAGAACUCACGGACACAGCAGAAAUAAUCCGGAAAGCAACACCUCAGUCCUUGGUUAUCCUGGACGAGCUGGGAAGAGGGACAAGCACCCAUGAUGGCAUCGCCAUCGCCUAUGCUACGCUGGAGUAUUUUAUCAGAGACGUGAAAUCCUUAACCCUGUUCGUCACCCACUAUCCACCAGUCUGUGAACUAGAAAAACGUUACCCGGAGCAGGUGGGGAAUUACCACAUGGGAUUCUUGGUCAGUGAGGAUGAGAGCCAGCAGGAGUCAGGUGACAUGCCAGACUCUGUCACAUUCCUCUAUCAGAUAACCCGAGGAAUUGCAGCGAGGAGUUACGGCCUGAAUGUGGCGAAGCUAGCGGAUGUGCCUGGAGAAAUCUUGAAGAAAGCCGCUCACAAGUCCAAAGAGCUGGAAGGCUUAGUCAACCUGAGAAGGAAAAGGCUCAAGUGCUUUGCAGAUGUGUGGAUGACGCAUGAUGUGAAGGGUCUGCAGACGUGGACAGAGGAACUGGGGACAGAGGGAAUACAGACUUCUCUCCCACACUAAAAUGAAAGAAAACUCCUUUAUUUUUUUUUUAUUAAAGCAAAAAUUGGAGAACUGAAGCUGCAAACGUUAGGAGAGAACUUUCUGGUUACGGCCUGUCUUUGUGACAUGAACACCUAUGAUGAGCAUGGUCUUCCUGCUGAAACAAGUUUCUUCCUCUGUGAAGGGAGAGCUUUUCCGGCUCUCACCUUCCCACCUUUAGAAGAACACAUACUUUGGAAUGUGAAAGCUUCACUGGGUAAUUAGAAAUUUUCCCAGGCAGCAAGCUCCGUAUAAAAACCUGAAUCUCCUAAGAGAAGCCUAGAGUGGUAGCACUCAGCACUGCGCUGUCACAGGAGCCGAACGGUUCUCAUUUCGUUCAGACAAUUGGCAACGGGGUAAUCUGAUUGGAACCCACUUUUAUGAGAACUACAGAAUUUUAUAAUGCCACAUGUUUGUUCACCACAGACAUGAACAUUUUCAUGAGAAGUAGAACCACGGAGCCAGAGCACAGGAAGGAAAAAGCCAUAUGAAAUUUGAAGAGCUAAAUGUUGUCAUCAUUUUAAACAGCUUAAAGGUUGUUAUGGAAAUCAUUUCAUCAUUCAUUUCAAUAAAAACUAUGGAAUGAA